ACGAUGUUUUUCGUCACUUUUCAUUUAUGAUAAUCAUUGCAAAGUAAACUAUCGCUUACAUUACAAUUUCGCAAAAAUUCCAUCAUUUCGUGGAAUUUUAUAUAUUAGAAAUUAUAAACAUCUUAAUUUAUGAAACUAUUAUCUUACUCAUCUCCUUUUAUUUACAAACUUUGAUUAUUAAUUAACCGCCGUUUUAAAUGUUGAGUAACGGUCUUAAGUUGCAUGUGAAUCAUCACUGUGGGACUAUUUGUUUUGGAAAUUUAUCAGGGAACAAACACAUCAAUGAUAAGGUCAGAAAGUCUUUGCACGUUUUGCAGCCAACAGCCACUAACAAAGAAAAUCUAGUUGGUGGUAGGAGGAUGCUGAGAUCUGCCCUAACAGGAAAAGAAACACAUAAAGGCGAAGUAACUGAAAAAUCUAAAAAUGAUGAGAAACCAAAACGUAAGAAAAUAACUUUAAAAGAUAAAGCAGUUCAAACUGCAAGAGGAGGAAAAAUAAAAAUUGAAGUUGAAGACUUAACAUCUGAAGCUGGACCUAGUGAAAACUACUGGGAAGUCUUGGCUGAAAGGCGGCGGAUAGCGCUUGAGGAUGCAUUAGAAGAUAACAGAGAAUUGAUUGGGCGUGUUGAGAAAUUAGAAGAAGAAAAUCGUAUAUAUAAAGAAAUGUUAGAAGAAUCAAGAUCAUUAGUGGAAGUUUUACAGGAAAUGCUUGGAGAAGAUAGGAAUGAUAUAAAUAAUUCUUUAGAAGAUACCAUUUAAUUUAACGUUUUGCAUUCAUGUACUAAUUGGUGCCUUAUGAUUAAAAUACAGUGCUUUAAAUUAGGCACAAUGUGUAAUCUACUCGUCAAUAAUAAAUAUUGACGGGUUGUGUGAGUAACAAGAAAGUCUGACUGAGUAAAGAUCCGAUAAACUAUAAAUGGAAACAUUUCUUGGUGUUUCUAAAUUCAUUUUAAUUGGCUUUAGUUACUCGUAUUUAUAUUAAUUUGUCAUUUAAUGAAUCAACUAAGACUAUAACUGCAACUACAGAUGUAUUUAUCUCAUAGACUAUCACUUAAUAUAGUAUAAAUAUUAGAUAUUUUUGAUUAUAACGAAUAAAUUGAUUUUCUAAUA